UAAGCUUAUUGAAAUUCAAUUUCAUUACAAGUCUCUCUGAAUUAAGAAAAAAGAUAAGUACAAGCAGCACCUGGCUUUCUAUCAGGUGCUUCCUAAAGGAAAUAAAACAGAGAGCACAAUGGACUGAUAAAGAAGCCUAGUAUCUUAGGCCUAAUCAAACAGAAGCCAUGAGAGAAACAGACACAGAUAACUACUCCCUGGGGUAGAAGUGACCAAGAGAUAUGUUGUGAAGCUUUUUAAUGAUUACCAGACAAUGCCCUUCAGACACAAAAAUACAAGACGAAUUGAAGGCCUUGAUAGCAAUGUGUGGGUUGAAUUUACAAAAGUGGCAGCAGAUCCCUCAAUUGUUAAUCUUGGUCAAGGCCUUCCAGAUAUAUCCCCUCCCAGCUAUGUUAAAGAAGAGCUGGCAAAGGUGGCAGCAGUGGACAGACUGAACCAGUACACCCGAGGCUUUGGACAUCCAUCACUGGUGAAAGAGGGAGAUGAAGUAAUAAUAAUAGAGCCAUUUUAUGACUGUUAUGAGCCAAUGGUAAAGAUGGCGGGUGCCAAGCCUGUUUUUAUCCCACUCAGAUGUAAAAAUGAUGGAAACUCUGCAUCUAGUGCUGAUUGGGUCUUAGAUCCUGCUGAACUUGCAAAUAAAUUCAAUUCCAAAACAAAAGCAAUUAUUCUGAAUACUCCACACAACCCGAUAGGCAAGGUUUUUACCCGAGAAGAGCUCCAAGUAAUAGCUGAUCUCUGUAUUAAACACGACACUCUGUGCAUCAGUGAUGAGGUGUAUGAAUGGCUAGUGUAUAAAGGGAAGAAACACAUUAAAAUAGCUACGUUGCCAGGUAUGUGGGAAAGAACAGUAACUAUAGGAAGUGCUGGGAAAACAUACAGUGUAACUGGUUGGAAGCUUGGUUGGUCCAUUGGUCCUGAGUACCUGAUUAAGCAUUUGCAAGUUGUUCACCAAAAUACGCUAUAUACUUGCCCAACUCCAUUACAGGAGGCUUUGGCACAGGCAUUUUGGAUAGACUAUAAGCGCAUGGAUGACCCAGACUGCUAUUUUCACUCCCUGUCUCGAGAGCUGGAAAGCAAGCGUGAUCGGAUGGCCCAGCUACUGAAAGAGGCUGGGCUAAAGCCUGUCGUUCCAGAUGGAGGAUACUUUAUGAUUGUUGAUGUUUCCAUGUUAAAUGUGGAUCUCUCUGAUGUAGAUGAGAAACAACCUUAUGAUUAUAAAUUUGUCAAAUGGAUGAUAGCAUCUAAGAAGCUGUCAGCAAUUCCUCUUUCAGCAUUCUGUGGUCCUGAGACAAAGAAACAGUUUGAAAAAUACAUACGUUUUUGCUUCAUUAAGAAAGACAGCACACUAGAUGCAGCUGAAGUGAUCCUGAAGAACUGGAAUAAACAGACAGGCUGAUUUUUCUUAUUAUUCUCUUCCAUGUAGUAUAACUAUCUAAUACUAGGGGUUUUUUUUAAUUGGAAAUUUAAGAAAAAAUUACUUAAUACAGUAGAAAAUAAAUAUGACAUUGUAAGUAACUUUUUGCUGCUACCUGCUGAGGAGUUAAAACAAUGAUUUUCUGAAAUACAUGUAAUGUAACUCAGAGGUUAUUUUCAGUCUUUUAAAAAUAAAUUGCUUUUCUCUUAAAGAAA